AUGUCGGCGACGACUUCGUCCUCCGCCGCGACGGCUAAGCAGGCCGACAACUUUCCCGAUGGCACAUCUGACUACGUCCCCGUUCGUGCCGCCAAACCCUUGGACCCCAAGAAGCCUCACAUUUCGACGCAGCCUGUCACUUUGGCCAACUGGCACAAGCACGUUAACUGGCUGAACACCACAUUCAUUCUGAUUGUCCCCCUUGUUGGGUUCAUCUGCUCCUAUUGGAUUCCCCUCACGUGGAAGACGGCUGUCUUCGCUGUUGUCUACUACUUCAACACUGGUCUCGGUAUCACUGCCGGCUACCAUCGUCUUUGGGCUCACCGUAGCUACAAGGCCAGUCUUCCUCUGAGAAUCUAUCUUGCCGCUGUUGGCGCCGGCGCCGUGGAGGGCUCGAUCCGAUGGUGGUCCCACGGCCACCGCGCUCACCAUCGAUACACCGAUACCGAUAAGGAUCCCUACUCCGUUCGCAAAGGCCUUCUCUACAGUCACAUUGGCUGGAUGGUCUUGAAGCAGGACCCCAAGCGUAUGGGCCGAACCGACAUCUCCGAUCUCAACGAGGAUCCCGUCGUCAUGUGGCAACACGUCCACUUCAUCAAGUGUGUUAUCGCCAUGGGUGUCAUCUUCCCCACUCUUGUCUGCGGUCUUGGAUGGGGUGACUGGCUCGGCGGCUAUGUCUACGGUGGCAUCCUCCGCAUCUUCGUCGUUCAGCAGGCCACCUUCUGCGUCAAUUCCUUGGCCCACUGGCUCGGCGACCAGCCCUUCGAUGACCGUAACUCACCCCGUGACCACGUCAUCACUGCCCUCGUCACGCUCGGUGAGGGAUACCACAACUUCCACCACGAGUUCCCCUCCGACUACCGCAACGCUAUUCAGUGGUGGCAGUACGACCCUACCAAGUGGUGCAUUUGGACCUGGAAGCAGCUUGGCCUCGCCACGGACCUCAAGCAGUUCCGUCAGAAUGAAAUCGAGAAGGGUCGUGUUCAACAGCUUCAGAAGAAGCUCGACCAGAAGCGUGCAAGACUUGACUGGGGCGUUCCCCUUGAGCAGCUUCCCGUCAUUGACUGGGAUGACUUUGUUUCUCAGGCUAAGGAUGGCAGGGGCCUUGUUGCCAUCGCCGGUGUUAUCCAUGACGUGACCGACUUCAUCAAGGAGCAUCCUGGUGGCAAGGCUCUCAUCUCAUCCGCUAUCGGCAAGGACGCCACUGCCAUAUUCAACGGUGGUGUUUACCUACACUCCAACGCCGCCCACAACCUUCUUUCUACCAUGCGCGUUGGUGUCCUCCGAGGUGGUUGCGAGGUUGAGAUUUGGAAGCGUGCCCAGUACGAGAACAAGGACAUGACAUAUGUCACCGAUUCAAGUGGCCAGCGUAUUGUCCGUGCUGGUGAUCAGCUUACCCGCGUGUCGAUGCCUGCCGCCAGCGCCGACGCCGCAUGA